UAAAAGAAGAUUUAGUGAGACGAAACAAAAUAUUCAAAUAAAAUAUAUUAAAGAAAAUAAAAAGAAAUAUGUAUUUUAUACAGCAGUUACGUCAUUAUCCUUAUCAAUAGCUUUGACUUAUGCAUAUGAGAAAUUCGUACUUUAUAAGUGGAAUCGUAAAUAUGAUUAUUAUUAUAAUCCAAAUAUAAAAUUUUUUCAAAAGAAAGAAAAAAAAGAAGGUAAAAAAGAUAAAAAGAAUACAACGAAACAUAUUAUAUUAGUUAGACAUGGACAAUAUGAAAGAAGAUAUAAAGAUGAUGAGACUUCUAAACGUUUAACUAAAGAAGGAUGUAAACAAGCUGAUAUAACUGGUAAAAAAUUAAAAGAUAUUUUAAAUAAUAAAAAAGUUAGUGUUAUUUAUCAUUCAGAUAUGAUAAGAGCUAAAGAAACUGCUAAUAUUAUAAGUAAAUAUUUUCCUGAUGCUAAUUUAAUAAAUGAUCCAAAUUUAAAUGAAGGAACCCCUUAUUUACCUGAUCCUCUUCCAAGACAUUCAAAAUUUGAUGCUCAAAAAAUUAAAGAAGAUAAUAAAAGAAUAAAUAAAGCUUAUGAAACUUAUUUUUAUAAACCUAGUGGUGAUGAAGAUGAAUAUCAAUUAGUAAUAUGUCAUGGAAAUGUAAUUAGAUAUUUCUUGUGUAGGGCUCUACAAAUUCCUUUAUUUGCAUGGUUACGAUUUUCAAGUUAUAAUUGUGGUAUUACAUGGUUAGUUUUAGAUGAUGAGGGUUCUGUAGUUUUAAGAGAAUUUGGUUCCGUCUCUCACCUUCCCUUUGAAAGUGUAACAUAUUUUUAA